AUGUGGUGCAGUGUAAAGGACAGUAAUGUAGGCCUACAAGUACCUCUGACAGAUAAGAAAAUGGAAAUGGAUUGUAAGGCGCUGCCGGGACGACAGGAGAUAUUCACACUCCUCAUCUUUUAUCUUCUUCUGUGGCCUAAAGCUGAAGCAAUUCAUCCGGACUGCGCCAUCAUCUCUCAGCACCUGAGGGCUCGUGAGCUUUGCAGCCAGACGAGGAGGAGCGAGGCGCAAAACCAGAGCGACCACAGCGGAUGCAACACAGAGUGGGACGAGAUCGGCUGCUGGCUGAGAGCUGAAGUUGGGCAGGUGGUAAACUUAUCGUGCUCUGAUGUCUUCCAGCAUUUCUCCAGCAAUCAAGGGUAUGUUUACAGAAACUGUACGGUCGAUGGCUGGUCAGAAAUGUAUCCACCCUACAACGAGGCCUGUGCUUUCAGCGACGACAGCGAGCCUGAAUCUGAGACAAGCUACCUCUAUACGUUCAGACAGGUCUAUACUGUGGGCUAUGCCACCUCGCUCAUCUCCCUCAUUACAGCCAUAGUGGUGUUCACAGCCUUCAGGAAGUUCCGCUGCACCAGAAACUACAUCCACAUCAACCUGUUCUCCUCCUUCGUCCUGAGAGCCAGCGCUGUUUUCAUUAAAGACACCGUGCUGUUUGCAGACGAGACCUUGGACCACUGCUCUGUGUCCACGACAGCGUGCAAGUCAGCCGUGGCUUUUUUCCAGUUCAGCAUCCUCGCCAAUUACUUCUGGUUGCUGGUGGAGGGCAUGUAUCUGCAGACGCUGCUGGCCCUGACCUUCGUCUCUCAGAGGAAAUAUUUCUGGUGGUACAUCCUGAUUGGAUGGGGGCUCCCAUCAACAGUUCUUAUACUUUGGGUUUUGACCAGAUUCUUCUAUGAUGAUAGAGGUUGCUGGGAUGACACAGAGAAUGUCGCUAUUUGGUGGAUUAUUAAAGGACCAAUAACAGCCUCGCUGCUGGUCAACAUUGUAAUCUUCAUCAAUGUGAUCCGAAUUCUGGUUCAGAAGCUUAAAUCUUCCGCCAUGACUGGGAACAAUGACACCGGACACUUCAUGAGGCUGGCUAAAUCCACCCUGUUCCUCAUCCCUCUGUUUGGGAUGCACUACACAGUUUUCGCCUUCCUGCCUGAGAACACGGGAAUGGCAGCGAGACUCUACAUCGAGCUGGGCCUAGGAUCCUUUCAGGGUUUCGUGGUGGCACUGCUUUACUGUUUCAUGAAUGGAGAGGUUCAAUCAGAGCUGCGGAGAUGGCUGUGGAAGUGUCACAAUCAAAAUCAUCUCACCCCAGCCAAGAGAAGUAUCACUCAGAUCACAGUUCGAGCCCGCGGGGGGCUCAGACGGCCUCCUUCUAGCGGCAACAUCUCGUCAGUAUGA